AGUAACGCCAUGACUACUUCGUAACCGAAAUAAAUUACAGUAGUCUGAUUGAUCCAAUCGCAAUUCCUCAGAAUUGUGUUGUCCGCUAGAUGGCAAUAUGAGUCGUGUCGGCAAACAUGGCUGCCUCCACGGAUAGCAUGUGUUCCGCUACGUGUAAACAAACUCCAUCAAGAAACUCCAUAUAUCGUAAAACACACGUUACUGCAUUAAAAUUUUACGACGAUUACAUACUUGUCGGUGAAGGUCAUACUCUGGAAUUGUUUAAUCUUUGUGAUUUAAUCUGUAUUCAACGACUACAGAUUUUUAAAAAUUGUAACAUUCAUGGAAUUGUGACAGAUUCAUCAUCAGAGAAAUAUCUUGCAAUAUAUGGUGCUAAAUCAUUAGUAAUUGCUAAACUUUUUAAUGAUGAGAAUGUAAGGAUUGAAAUACUUAGUCCAGUUCAACAAUUAGAAGAUUGGAUUUGGGAUGUUCAAUGGUUACAUGAUACUGAAUUUAAAAAUCAAUGUUUAGCUGUUGCAUUAGCUCAUAAUUCUGUAAUUUGUUGGAACUGGAAGAAUGAAAACAGUUUUUUAAAAGCAGAGGGCAGCGAUAAGUGUAUUUUAUACUGUGGAAAACUGAUUGGCAAGCAUUUGAAAAAUUUAAUUUUUGCAGCUGGAACUGUAUUUAAAGAGGUGGUUAUUUGGGCACCAUGUGAUAUUUCUAAUAAUAUGAAUACAGUGAAACCUCUUCAUAGAUUACAGGGGCAUGAGGGGAUUAUAUUUUCUAUCACGUUUAAUUCAAAACUUAGGAAACUUUCAACAACAUCCGAUGAUCGUGUUGUAAGAAUUUGGAAAUUUUGUACUACUACUAAACAUCUAGAUCAUUUUAAUGAUAUAAAUUUAUCUCUCAAAGAAUGGAAAGAUGGAUAUUUUGAAUUACUUCAUAAUUUCUAUGGACAUGAAGCUAGAGUUUGGACAGCAGCAUUAUUACCUUAUUGUGUCCUUAGUGUUGGAGAAGAUUCAACAAUCUGUUUUUGGAAUUAUGAUGGUAAACUUAUAAGGAGAGAAAAAUGCCAUUCAGCCACAGGAGGAAGUGAUGGAGGGGUGAUUCUUUGGCAUUUAAAAGAAUUCAUAUCUGGAGAAAAUGCCACAAGACUACAAAUUCCACAGGUAAAUGCCACAGGAGGAAGUGAUGGAGGGGUGAUUCUUUGGCAUUUAAAAGAAUUCAUAUCUGGAGAAAAUGCCACAAGACUACAAAUUCCACAGAAUGAUGACAGAAAUGAUUUUCCUCGUAAUAUUGGUCUUCUGUUUCCAAAUGAUCAGCCGGUCAUUUUUAUGUCAACUAAUGAAGGGAUGCUAUUUUCAUAUUCUCUACAAAAUAAUAAAUGGAAACAGAUUUUUCAAGAUAAAGAAUUUUAUUCGUAUAAUAUAUUAGCAUGUUCUCCAUGUGGAAAAUUAUUAAUAUUUGGAAACAUAACUGGGAAGGCAUGUCUGUUUCAGUUUACAGAUGAUAGCAAGAUUACUAGAAGAAAUGAAAUCUAUCUGCAUAAAGGAAAAAUUCAUAAUCUAUUAUGGAUCACAAAAGAUUCAAAUUUUAUUUUAUCCUGUGGUCCUGCUGGAGAAAUGAUACUUUGGAAAUUGAGAAAUUCUGAUAAAUAUGAUUUGGAAAAACAAUCAACUUUUAUUCUUCCACUUUGUAAACAAAGAUGGAUGUCAGCUGCUCUUUUGGAUUCAUAUGGAUCUCUCGUUCUUGGUGAUCGUGAUGGAAAUAUUUAUGUAUACAAUUCUGAUUCUAAGGAUCCAAAUCAAAAAUUUCAUCAUAUUCAUAGUAAAAAUGGAGUUACUGACAUUAAAGAACAUAAAAUGCAGAUAUUUUCCUCAGGUCGUGAUGGUAGAAUUUUUGUUUUUAAAUCAUCAAAUAAUUUAUUGCAGCAAUUACACUCAAUUAAGAUUACUACAGAUAUGGAAUGGAUUGGAAAAAUAGAUUUUUAUAAUAAUCACUUACUAUUAAUGGGUUUUCAUACAACAAACUUUGUUGUUUGGGAUUUAUAUCUAAAUCAAUCAUUAAUGGAAAUAUCAUGUGGAGGUGGUCAUAGAUCUUGGGACUUUUCAAUUGAUGAAAAUUAUAAUUCUACAUUUGCAUGCAUUAGAAAAAAUGAAGUAUUUUAUGGUAGAAAAAACAUUUAUAAUAUUAUGCAAAAAUCAAUUGUUAAGAAAAGUUUAUGGGGACGAGAGCUUUGUUGCAUUCUUUUCCUGUUUCAUUUAGAUGAAACAACAGAUAUUUUUGCCUGUGGUGGAGAAGAUAACAGUUUGAUGAUUAUAAAACUUAUUUAUGAUAAUUCACAAAAUUGGCCUUCUUUGGAACUUGUACAUUGUUUGCACGGCCAUGUUUCUAGUAUUCGAGCAAUAAAAAGUAUACAAAUAAAAGACGAUAUAUCGGUAGUAAGUCAUCUUCUCGUGUCUUUGGGAGGAAGAGCUCAAAUUUUGAUAUGGGAAAUAAAAUUUGUAAAUGAUAUUUUAACAUGCUACGAAAUUGCAAAUAAUCAACAGAGUUUGGGGAAUAAAUUAUUUAAAAAGCCAUGGAUUCAAAAAAAUUGUGCGGCAUUACCUGAGCCACAGACACGAUAUUUAGAUGCGUGUCUAUGGGAAUAUUCUCAAAAAGAUGUAUAUAUGAUUGCCGUAGCUUGUUCGGAUGCAGUUCUGAGGUUUUUUAGAUUUUCUUUGUUGAGUAAAGAACUUCAAUUAUAUAAAACUGUUCCUCAUGGAAAUUAUUGUAUUUUACAUACUUCAUUAAUAUAUAUUCAAAAAUCUAUUAUGGUUUUUACUGGAUCGACUGAUGGAUUAUUAAAAAUAUUUUCAAGUGACUUUAACAUUAAAGAAAAUACUUCAGAAAUAGAGAAACAGACAAAUUUGUCAACAAUUAUUUGUCCAGAAUUAAUAACUGAAAAAAGAUUACAUCAAUGCGGAAUAAAUGCAAUGUGUUUACAUAAACUCUCAGAUUCUACUUUACUUUUGUUUACUGGUGGAGAUGACAAUAGUCUUAACUCUUCAGUCAUUACUGUGAAUAAUCAAUCUGUAGAUAUUAAAACAUUUACGUGUCCAACAGCUCACUAUGCACAAAUAACAGGAAUAUCUGUUUUAUCAGAAAAUAAAAUUCUCACAACAUCCAUUGAUCAAAGAAUUCAUUUAUGGAAUUGGGGAUUUGACAAAGAAACUAAAAAGCUUAAUUUAAACAUCUUGACUACUUUCAUGUCUUGCAUUCCCGAUAUUGCGUGUUUGGAUGUCUACAAAAGGUAACAUUUAUUUUGCUUGGUAUUUAAAAUUCUUAAAACAUAAUUGAAAUGAAAAAAAAACUUACUUUUGCAAUAAAAUAUAAAUUAUAAAAUAUUGUAAAAUUGUUUAGGU